AUGACUGAAUACGUCAAAGUCGAGAAGAUCGUCCCCAGGUUCCCACCGCCUGCCUUCAGCGACAUCGCAAAGGCCUCUAAUGAUCUCAUCAACAAGGACUUCUACCACACUGCCGCAGCCGCCCUUGAGGUCAAGUUGAAGGCCCCGAACGGCGUCAACUUCACUGCCAAGGGCACUUCGGCCCACGAUGGCCCCGUCUCUUCUUCCCUCGAGGGCAAGAAGGCCAUCUCCAACGGCAUCAGCAUCACCCAAUCCUGGAACACGGCCAACCUCCUGGCCACCAAGGUUGAGCUCAACGACACCUUUGCCAGCGGCUUGAAGGCCGAGGUCCUCUCCAACUUCAACCCUGCUGCCGGAAACAAGGGCCAGAAGGUCAAUUUCCACUUCAAGCAGCCCAACUUCCACGGCCGUGCUUUCGUCGACUACUCGGCUGCUGGUGCCAUUGGCACCAUCGCCGACGCCGUCGUUAGCCACGAGGGUUUCGUCGUCGGUGGUGAGGUUGGCUACGAUGUGCAGAAGGCUGCCAUCACCAAGUACUCUGCUGCCGUUGGAUACACCACCCCUCUGUACAACGCCGCUGUCACCGCGACCAACUCCCUGAGCGUCUUCUCCGCCUCCUACUACCAGCGCGUCAACCCCGCUGUUGAGGCCGGUGCCCGCGCCACCUGGGACUCCAAGUCUGGCUCCAACGUCGCCCUCGAGGUGGCUGCCAAGUACAUGCUUGACCCUGCCUCCUUCGCCAAGGCCAAGAUCAACAACCUCGGCAUUGCGUCGCUCGCCUACAACACCAAGGUCAACAGCGGUCUGACUUUCGGUAUUGGUGGCUCUUUCGAUACCCAGAAGCUCAACGAGGCCGGCCACAAGAUCGGCACCAGCUUCACCUUUGAGGGCUAA